AUGUCGACCAAAGGGAGCAGUGGAGUCAUCCGCACGAACGACCCCACAGAGAAAACCGCGAUUUGGAUGGAAAAUCCAUUCUCCCUGAAAAUCGGCCAAGUGUUCACCGGCUUCGGCGUCGGUUGUGGGGUCGGCGUCGGCGUCGGCCGCCCUUUGAAUUUAGGUGCAAUACCAGUUCUGGGUGAAGUUAUGAUUGCUGCUAGAGGUGCAACUGAUGCCUUUUCUGGUGUGCAUCGACAUGUGAACAGCUCUUUGAGGAAAGUGGGGGCAAAGCAUAUAGAAGCAGGCAUUGGCUGUGGAGUGGGAUUUGGCCAUGGAUUUGGAGUUGGUAUGUAUUUACGAUAUAUAAUGCUUAUUAAACUCCAAUUGGCAGCACAAAUGAUGGAAAAACUUGGAAUGGGUUUCAGUUCCACUUUAUCACAUGAAAACCAUGCUGAAGGGGAAAGUAUUAGUCCAUUGGUGAAAACAUUAUCAAAUAGUACAUUUAAUGGUGAUAUCAGUGAUGGGAAAAAGAUAGUUUUUUCAGAGGGCAUUGUAGCACCGAAAACCUCCGAUUCAAACCCACAGCAUAGCAGUAGAACAGAGAACGUAGUCAACAAUUUUCUGCGCACUCCACUUCUCCAAGAGAAAAGGGGCUCACUUCAUGAACAAGCUGGGGCACUUCAGUCGGAAAAUAAUGUGCUUCAAAUGGUGUUGAAACACCAGAUAUUAAUCGAGGAGUUGAUGCAAGAAAAUGAGAAGCUUCGUCGAAUAUUGGUGGAAGAGUUAAAAGUACAACCAAUCAAGUUCGAGUCUAGCUUCACGAGUAGUAGUAAGUCCUCAUGUACCGACUGUUUUGAAUGCCGUAGAAAACAAAGGAAGAGGUGA